AUGAGCUUGCGUGUAGAUGGCAAGUUAUUAUGGCGUAAACUCUUUGUAUUUGAUUAUCAACCAGAUGAUGACGUAUACAUCAGUACUCAAGACAUUACAGACCGACUAUGUGGCGUCAUUCAGACCGCCAUCGCCCGUGAACGUCAUGAGCCUUUACGUCAAAUGUUACUGCAGCGUCUCGGAUAUUGGCUACGAUCGGACGUUGUGUCUCCAUUCUGGCGCUUCUUUGACGCUCUACCGGUAGAAAUUGAUCGAUAUGGAAGCUCUCGAUCUGGAAGAAGACGUGUGGCUCUACUGUGCGCCCAGCAACUGACACUUGCACUACAAUUUGCCGAAGACGCCUUUGCUCAUUGUGUGCAGAUCGCCAGUCUCUUUGACGAUCAUGUGCCACUCGAAGAGCAACAUAACAAGACAAUGUUGCAGGAGAUAAGGACGAGCUUCCGGUGUGUGAUAUUUGAAGACUUGCAAGCGGUCGCGAGGUUCGAGGAGUUGCUGCUCAUCUUUUUCUCGAUGAGCUUUGAGAAAUUCCGACGUGAGGAAAAGUCACACACUUUUGACUCGAGACCGAUACGACAGACACUGCUACAGUUACAAUGGAUGGAUGUGAUGGAGCUAGCAUUGCUACGGGUGCUACACUCACAGGUGAAGAAGGUGGUGAGGUCAAUGUGUGGAGAAGUAUACGAUGAGCCGUUCCUUGCACAAGUGGAGCAAUGGACGUGCACUGAAUUUCUGCCGUGGCUGGAGGAAAUGGCGCAGACAAAUGAUGCUGCGUCGUUGGAAAAAUGGAAACAGAUUCUAUCGCGACACGUGCUUCAGGAAUUUGGAAGCCGACGCAUUACGCAACUCUUUGAGAUUAUCAAGGAAUUUCCUGACAGCGUGCCAGCUUUGGAGGAUCUUCGACAGUGUCUUGAGCGUACCCAACAGCACGGCGAGCUCGUGCAAGAAUUCCGAGAUGUGUUGCAGUCGCGACUACUCCAGCCAGGAGCCAACACAUCUGCAAUUCUGGAUAUUUAUGUGUCUACCAUCAAGGCGUUCCGACUUCUAGACCCGAAGGGCGUCUUGCUUGAAGCAUUGAGCGGCCCUGUGAAGGAGUACUUGAGGAAGCGUAAAGACACAGUGCGCUGCAUCGUCCAGAGUCUUACCGAUGAACAAAAUGGCGAUUUAUUCGAAGAACUUCGCCGCGAUAACAUGCGUAUCAUACAGCAUGACGACGAUAGCGAUGAUGAUGAGGAUAUAUCACCGGAUUUGUGGGAGCCAGAUCCAAUUGAAGCGGACCCGACAAAAUCCUCGCAAAGUCGAAGCAGCGACGACAUUUUAAGAAUUUUGGUUAAUAUCUAUGGAAGCCGCGAGCUUUUUGUAAAUGAAUACCGGAUGAUGCUGGCAGAUAAGCUACUGCAAAAUCGUGAAUUUGAUACCGAUCGCGACGUGCAGACAUUAGAAUUGUUAAAGCUGCGUUUUGGAGAGGAGAAUUUGCAGCAGUGUGAGAUCAUGGUGCGCGACAUUGAAGACUCAAAACGGGUUAAUUUGAAUAUUCAAUCUUCGAUGGAGAACUCGGCUGUAAAGGCUGCAGCAAGAGAUGGAAGAGUGAUGGACCAACCUGACUGGGCUGAAUAUUCGCUCUCAUAUGUCGAUGCAACGAUUGUUUCCCAACAAUUUUGGCCACCGUUGCAAGGUGAAGACUUUGUGCUGCAUCCAACCGUGUCGAAGAGAAUUGACGCGUAUACAGAAUCAUACCACGUCCUGCGCAAUCCACGUUCUCUGAAUUGGAAUGCUUCACUUGGGUCCGUUCAGCUGUCAAUUGAUAUGCAAGGCGAAGAGCGCGAGUUUACUGUCUCGCCUCUUCAAGCCACGCUGAUACUUUAUUUUGAAGAAAGAGACCGUUGGACUGUUGAAGAGCUUGCUGCAAAAUUAGAAGUUUCUGACGAUGUGCUACUGAAGCAUGUGUCUUUGUGGUUAAACCACGGACUGGUUUCGUUUGCAUCGGGACGAAAAGAACUAGUGGCAAGCACAUCAUUCCAGGACGCUCGGUGCAAUGGUGACUCGGCAGUUGAUGAACUUGAAACUGCCGUGUCAUCCGAUGCUCAAGCAGAAGAGGAUUUCAAGGUGCUGGAGAAUUACAUCGUGGGCAUGCUCUCAAACUUUGGGUCACUUAGUAUCCAGCGAAUCCACAAUAUGCUAUCCACAUUUGCGCGAAGUGGUGCACAACCAUACACCAAGACAAUCUCUGGACUUUCGGUAGUUCUUGGCAAGCUAGUCACCAUCGGCAAGCUCGAACUUAUUGGUGAUCACUACCAACUUACUAAAUAA